AUGCUCAGUCUACUCGUGAAAGCGACGACAUGCAUCGCUUUGCUAUUAUGUCUGACUUGGUAUGGCCAGACUCAUUUCUAUCGUGACCCCGGGAGUGUCUUCUUCGAUAAAGCACGAGCAUACGAGACGCGUUACUCCGAACAUCGCAAAGCCGAAGUCGAGAUGCUAAUAGACUCGUACCCGGACCUGAAAAGGCCGGCUCUGGGCAAAGCACGAGAUGGAAACAAACUUCUUUGUGUAGCACUGAGCUCUGUGAAGCGUGAGACACAAUACCUCCCUAUGACAAUAGGGAGUAUGGUGCACGGCCUUUCGAAGGAAGAACGAGAUGACCUCCAUAUAUCCAUCCUAAUAGCGGAAACCGAUCCAAGACGCCAUCCUGGCUGGAACCACCAGUGGCUAAACCAUGCAGCCGACGACAUUUUUACCUACGAUGUGAACGAUACACAAACGAAACAUCUGAAUGACCUCGAACAAAACGGACGAUAUCAAGAGAAAGGUGUCUUCGAUUACACUUACGCCCUCGAACGAUGUUACGCCACUGGCGCAUUAUACGUUGGCAUGUUUGAGGAUGAUAUCAUUCUAGCUGAGGGAUGGUUUACGAAAAUUCUACAAGGACUAUCAGAGAUAUCUGACUCUGGCAACUGGCUCUUCAUGCGUCUUUUCAACCAGGAGAGAUCAACGGGGUGGUCGAGUCGCAAGAUUGGCGGAAACAACGAAUUCUUGAUCAUCCUAGGCAUUGAUAUAGGAAUCGCGGCAUCCGUGUGGCUCGUGCGUCGACAAUGGCGAGGUUCACGCAGGUAUCUCGAAAUGGAGACACUCGCAGUAACAGCCUUUAUACUGGUACCAGGACUGAUAGUACUGAUGUAUCAGUCAGGAAAAGCAUCGUUAUUUCCUCCGCAACCUGGAGUUUUCAAAGAGCCUUUCGGAUGCUGCUCACAGGCAAUGAUUUUCCCGCGAGCUCAGGUCCCUUUGAUAAUAGAUAGCCUGAAGGAGAGGAAGGAAGGGCAGAUAGACUUGAUGCUCGAUGAAACUGCUUCGAGCAGUGGUCUUGAUAGAUAUGCUUUAUAUCCAGUUCUGGCACAGCAUAUUGGGGUUGAUUCCGCAAGGAAGACAGCAAAAGAAGAAUCCCAAGCAAUCUGGAGCAUGGCCUUUGAAAACCACAAUCCCAGAACUCUCAAGAAGGAGCACAACAAGAUCCUUGGAAAUUACACAUUGUGGCGUGAGAAGGUUGAGCAAGAUAGUAUCGACUCUAUCACCAACUGGACCGAGGGCAGCCGUCCUCUCCUCAAAGAUAUCCGCAGCGUUCCUGAUUUUGAUUUUGCUGCCCGGCAAGUCUUGACUGAUCAGCAGUACGCUUUCUAUCGUACUGCUGCUGCGGGAGAGUGGGCUUACCGCAACAACCUCAAGGUCUGGGAGAAGGCCAGACUCCGACCUCACCAGCUCGCCAGCGUGAAAGGCCUUAACGAGACUCUUGGCUUUACUAUCCUAGGCCAUAACUUUAGCGCUCCCAUCUUCAUCUCACCUGCCGCUCGUGCUGGCUAUGGUGACUCUGACCGCGGUGAACUCAACUUUGUUGACGCAGCUGCUGAUGAAGAUAUUCUCUAUGUUGCUGCUCUCUAUGCCACCAAAACCAUUGAAGAGAUUGGUGCCCAGCGCAAGAAGCGUGGCAACACCAUCUUCCAGCAGAUUUACUCCAAUGCCAACCUCUCUGUUACUUGGGAUGCUAUGAAGCGUGCGGAGGACCAAGGCGUCAAAGCAUUUGUCUGGACUAUUGAUACCCCUGCUACAUCUACUCGUCACCGUGCUGCCCGCUAUGACACCACCAACGCUAAUGGAGCCACUUCUGUGUUGAGCUGGGAUCUUUUCAACGAGAUCAAGUCUCACACCAAGCUUCCCAUCAUUCUCAAGGGUAUCACAACCACUGAAGGCGCUCUCCGUGCUGUUGAGGCUGGUGCUGAUGGUAUCUGGCUCUCAAAUCACGGUGGUCGUCAAGUCGACUACUCUCCCUCUCCACUUGAGAUUGCAUAUGAGCUUCGACGCAACGCCCCUGAGAUCUUCAAAAAGACUGAGGUCAUCGCUGACAGCGGUAUCCGUUACGGAAGUGACGUUAUCAAGCUGCUGGCUCUCGGAGUUAAGGCUGUUGGUCUUGGUCGUCCCUUCAUGUACUCCAACGUCUAUGGUGUUGAGGGCCCCAAGAAGCUUAUUCAGAUCCUCAAGACUGAGAUUCUUGCGGAUGCUGCUCAGAUUGGUAUCACUGAUCUUCACAACAUUCCCUCCAAGGUGGCUAAUAAAUGCAAGCUCAACACUCGUGCCCUUGAGCGCGAUGUCUAUCUCAUGGACGAGAACUAA